GAACAACAUAAGGCGAGCACACAGUGACGGGCGUCCAGUGGGCACGCUGCAUCCGAGAGAAAUGUGGUCCUCCGUCUGCUUGGCGCUUCUCGUGUGCGGCCUAGGCCUAGUCGCCGGCGACACGCCUGCCAAUUGCACGUACGAUGAGACCCGAGGGUGGUGGACUUUCACUGAAGGCCCCCGUGUCGGUGACAGAAAUGUAGACUGCGACAACUGGACGCCAGGAAGAGGUGCCACCAAGACACGGUUGUUUCUGGAGUUCCCGAACUUGGCCACUGACGAACGUGGAAACCGAGGGACCUGGACCCUGAUAUAUAACCAGGGAUUCGAAGUUGUGAUGAACUUCAGGAGGUACUUCGCCUUCUCCAACUACAGCCGGAGCGAGAGCUUCUGCAGCAGCACCAAGGCGGGAUGGGCGCACGACAUUCUCGGUCACAACUGGGCCUGCUUCGAAGGACGUCGGGACGGGAGCGUCCAGCAGGGAAAGCCGCUGCAGGCUGAGCCACUCAGGUAA